AUGUUCUGCGCAAAUGGAAGAGGCUACCAAGCAGAUACAUGCAUUAACGCUACGCUAGAUUGGAGCGCCAGAAUUGUGGACCUCUUUAAUUUAAAGAAAAAGGACAAUGACUAUGUCGACAAGCAGGACCUAAUAGUAAUACUGAAAUCGCUCGGGUUUAAAAUAUGCUACGAAAUAUUCGAAGACAGCAAAAACUGCUACAGCUUUGAGGAGCUGAGCGAUUACGUGCUCAAAUUUGAGAGCAACUACUACGCGAAGAAGAAGGUGGAAAAGUGCAUUCGCUUCUUGAACCCACAGAGCGAAACGAUAAGCAAAAGUUCUCUAAAGACUCUCCUUUGUGAACAUGGGAACAAGUUCACCGAAAACGAGUUUAAAAAGUUUUUAGUCGACCUUCCGGUAAUUCCCACUUUGUCCAACCAAUAUUACAAAAAAAUAUCAUUAAAUGGGAUGGUAAUUUUUUUACAUUCUUCCAUGUUAACAAAAUAG